ACACACGCCCACCUCCCCCUCGCGGUACCCUAAUUCUAUCGCCGCGCCCCUCGCAACGCCACCCUCCCCGUCUCCUCCGCGCUCCGCCGGCAUCGUUGCCUCCAUAGGCGCGCGCGCGCAGAUGCCGCCGUACGAGGUGCUGGUGAUGGCGAAGGCGGCGGUGCAACGGCGGGAGCUCGCGGAUCUUGUGCGAGGGCUGGCGCAGCGAGUUAUCAGUGACGGCGGGGUGGUGAUGGCAGUGAAGUCGUACGGCACAGUGCGCCUGGCAUACGACGUCAAGAAGCGAGACGGCUGGCACCAGCAGGGCCAGGUUGUGCAGUUGGAGGUGAACGCGCCGGCAUCGCUAGCCCAGCAGCUGGAGCACCUGAAUAAGGACGAGAGGCUGCUGCGCUGGCUGCUGCUCAAGAGCCGGCCUAAGAGGUGGAUGGUGUGGCGGGGAGAAGCCCUGCAGAGCACCACCACACCUCCCUCUCAGUUUACGUGA